UCGAGGGACCCGAGUUUAACCCUGAUGAUCCACUUCAUGAUAAGCCUUGUGAGAACCCACCCAGUGAGAUCCCCAGCCUACCUUCACUCCCCAAAUUGCCCCAUUUACCCAUUGCGGAGAAGGUCGAAGCUAUACUUGACAAUGAAAUCAUUUCCACGAAGGAAGGUGGUCGCCAAAGGUACUUGGUGCACUGGAAAGGGAAGCCGGCGACAGAGGACACGUGGAAAUUCUCCACGCCAAGCAUGUAUGGCGGACCCAGAGUUUGAGUGGGGAUUAAUAUUCAACGCCGACGGAAGCAUUAAUAUCCUACGAUCUCCGUGCUUUGACGUAGGAUUUGAAGACGACGCCACCGUUGAAGAAUAUUUGGAGCGAGUCGUCCAGAUUCUUGUGAGCAUCAUCGGCCGACGAUUUUCAAGCUACGAUUGGAGCAUUGACAGUCAAGCAUUCACGCCAUCCUCGUCAUCGUCCACCUUUCCGUGGCUCAAGGCCAUUGGUGUUGCCACCGUCUUCGUGGCAUCGUUGAAACUAAAAAAAGUUUCACAGGACUCAGUUCCUGAGGAGAUAGGAAGUGUUGCCGGCUUCGAGUCACCUCUGUCUCCAGAAUCAAGCUACAACAAUUGGCCACUAGAUUCUGAAGAUUUAGCAAAGGAGCCACCAAGUGUUCCUCCUCAGCUGGGAUGUACCUUGCUCAACUCAAGUAACAGUGAUGAGAACUCCUUUCUUUCAAGGCCACAACAUGUAGUUCUGAAUCAUCUUUUCAUCCAGAAGGGGCGAAGCGGUGAGCCGGCCGUUGCUCUCGGUGCCACCCAUAGGUUCCGGGCUAAGUAUGUGACUAUGGUGUUCUAUAAAUCCUUGUAGAGAUAACAUAUUUGCAGCAAAUGUAAUUUGGCUCAGUAGAAUGAUGUUGCAUGGGAUAUGUAGUUCUUGUAAAACUCUCUUGUAUGGCAUGUAGAUUUCACAAAUAGGCAGAAAAAAGCAUAUAUGGUUGUAUGAAGUAGAAUGUGCUUGGAAAGAUCCUUAUAUUUUUCAGCAUAUAUGUUUAUAUGAUAAGUUAUAUGUUAAGGAAGCUUGAUAUAUGAAGAGAUUGUAGAUUAGUAUUGCAUCUUUUUAUAAUUUACAUCAUUGAGUUUUUAUUGAAAUUGUGUUGGUGUAAUGAACAUUUAUAUGUGCUUCAUGAUAUUGGC